AUGCCAAGAAAGUGUACGUCCUACUUUUCUCACGUGCGCGCCAACCACCUCGCGACUAACGUGGCCUGCGACGAGUGCGGCGAGGUGUUUGUCAGUAGCAACGGACUCAGACAGCACAAGGCGAAAACACAUGCCAAGGUAGAAAAGUGUACGUCCUACUUUUCUCACGUGCGCGCCAACCACCUCGCGACUAACGUGGCCUGCGACGAGUGCGGCGAGGUGUUUGUCAGUAGCAACGGGCUCAGACAGCACAAGGCGAAAACACAUGCCAAGAAAAUCAAGUGCGAAACAUGCUCAGCGUCGUUUGUGAGCUUAGCAGCUCUGGACAGACAUACGGACACGGCCGGCGAGCAUACGGGCCUGUGGCCGUGCGAGCAGUGCGGCGAGAACUGUGCGAGCGAGGAGGCGCUACAAGAGCAUGUGGGGGGGACACAUCCGACGGUGUCGAUUCAAUGUGAUAAGUGCUCGAUAUCGUUCCCGACGGCUGAAGCUUACACGACUCACGUGUCUCGCUCGCAUCUCCAGCAGAAGAGGAAGGACCCGUCCUGUCAGAGAAAGUACUAUAAGCAGAAGCACUCAGCGGAGAUAAGGGCUAUGUGCGAGUUGUGCGGACACAAAGUGACGACCCCAGCGCUGCUGAAACAACACAACCAACUGAAACAUCAGGAGCCAAAACCAUAUGCCUGCAAUGACUGCCCGAAGGCGUUCACCUCGAAAGGAAAUUUAAUUAUUCAUAUCCGCUCGCACACGGGCGAGAAACCUUACAAGUGUAAGCAAUGCCCGAGUGCCUUCACCAUGAAGAGUAACCUCGAACGACACCAUAAGGCAGUGCACCUGGGAAUCCGCGGGUGCUUCCCGUGCGACAUCUGUGGGCGCACGCUGACAACCAAGUGCAUGCUGCGCAUCCACAUCGAGUCCAAGCAUGGCGGCCGAAGCUGGCCGAGAGGCCGCAAACGGCAACAGGCGCGGAAAUUAAAAGAAAUCAACCAUGAAUAAUGAUGAACUGCAAUCGCAGUGUCGCGAGGAAUAUAAUUGUCAGAAAAUUGUUAUGUAUUUUAUGUUACGAUAAAUACAUAAAAAGAUAGAAUACUGCCCUGCUAAGCCAAAGAGCGCUAUCUGAAAUGAAAAUUCAUUGCUAUAGUUCGUUUUUUUAGCAUUAGAAAGAACUUGCAAGAGGGUAAGCGAUCUUAACAUGUCUUUUAAUUGAAAAACGCAUUUCAAAAAUCAGUAACUAUUAUACUUAUGAAAGCAGAACAAUAUAAAUGAUCGUAUUAGAUUCAUAAUUAAUACAUAUUUGCUGUAACUUAUUUUUAAAAUGUGUUUUUCAAUUAAAAGAUACAUCAAGAUUGUUUACCUUAUUUCUAAUGCUAAAAAAACGUACUAUAACUAUACUUUAGUUUCUAUUACUGAGAAUUCCAUUUUCAAAAUCAUUUGUUUUUGAGAUAGCGCUAUUCGGCAGGAGGCCAGAGCCUGGCUAAUGAAAGUUGAACCAGCCAAAAAGGCGGAAAUUACAAAAAACUGUAAAAAUCGGCUCUUUGAUUACAAGGAAUGCUUAUUUUGUAUACUUUUAAGAUUUCUUGAAUAUUAU